AUGGCUACGGACGCUCAGCCCAUCUUCCGCGCGGUUGCGACAUCGACCAGGCCACUGUACCAGCUUCUGAGAUGCAUCAACUUUGCACCCAGAGUUCAUGUGCAAAUUACAGAGGAAGGUGUUCGUUUUGCCGCUGAUCACGCGCGGGUGAUGCAAGGUGUUGCAUUUCUCGAUAAAGCUUUAUUUUCAUCCUAUACCGUCAAUUUACCUGCUCAGGACGGCGAUAAUGCGCCUGAGCUUCCCAAUUUCCAACUUUCCUUUUCUUCUGUCCUCGAAGUUCUCCAAAUCUUUGGGGCCGUAGACGUGGCUACUCGUGCUCAAAAAGCCGACCAAGAUCCCUAUCGAAGCAAUCUUCGAAACUACCGCCCCGAUGCUUUCAGCAACCAAACUCUCGGUAUAUCUGGCACUUGCACUCUCCAAUACGCUGAGGAAGGAGAUCCAUUCAAAAUUACUAUCGAGGAGUCUGGCGUAAAAACGACGGCAUCCUUAACAACCUAUCUACCAGAAAUACCAGAUGACAUUCCAUUUGACCGCAACGACCUCGCCUUCAAAAUAAUCAUGCAAUCUCGAACGCUGCUUGAUUCUCUUGCUGAAAUUUCCCCGACCGCUCCCACGAAGUUGACAAUCACUGCCAACAAAACCUCCCCUUUUCUAUCGAUUGCUGGUGUGGGGGAUCUUGGAAGCUCGGGAGUGGAUUUUGCACGAGGCAGGGAUCUUCUCGAAACCUUUAAUAUUCAAGAACGCUGGUCACAGGCCUACAAGUUUGACUUUGUCAAGAAUUCAACAGAAGCGAUGCGAAUCGCCACCAAGGUUAGCUUGCGAGGGGACGGCCAAGGUGUGCUAAGUUUGCAAUUCAUGGUAGAUAUUGAGGGUGGCAAGCGGAGCUUUUUGGACUUUCGUUUCGUGCCAUUCAUCCAGCAUGAUGACGAGGAUGACAACGAGAGAGAAGAGGCUGGUGAAGCUGAUUAG